AUGGCAAACUGCAGAUAUAGAGUUGAAAUGGAAGCUAUUUCUCUUGAGACUUUUACCUUUACCCAAGACAGGAAUAAAAGAGAUCAGAUAAUGACAACUGUGCCGUUAGCAGCCAGGUCUCAGGAAUCAGUGACUUUUGAGGAUGUUGCUGUAUACUUCACUAAGAAAGAAUGGGCCAGCCUGGUGCCUGCUCAGAGAGCCUUGUACCGGGAUGUGAUGUUGGAAAACUAUGGGGCUGUAGCCUUCCUAGUGCCACACACUUCUAAACCAGCUCUGAUCUCUCAGCUGGAGCAAGGGAAAGAACCCUGGUUCUCCAAGCCACAGGGGGCCCUAAGCAGGAAGGGCCAGAGAGCAGGCUCCACAGGUGGAAAAACCUGGACUGAGAAUGAGCAUUUGACUUCAAAACAAAUCAUUUAUUUAAAACACAAAGCCUGUGGCAUGGUAUCAGUUCUCCCAUGAUCCAGCUCCCAUAUAUGUGAAGGAGCCAGCUACAUCCUCUGUCAGGAUUGACAGUGACUGAAGAUCUUGUUCAAGAGCACUCUGUUUGAAGGGUCACUUAAAUAAAAAAUGAGGAUAAGAAAUAGAGAGCUUCGGGAGAGCAACUGUAGCCUUGGUCACAGCUUAAGGGUUGGGGAGACAAUUUCCAGCCAUUUUGGUUGGAAACUGAUGGCACGUAAAUGAAUGUAUGUGUGAGGACAAGACUGUGUAUGUAGCAGUCUGUUGAGCUAUGCAAAUGUACCAAGAAGGUGACAACCACUUGGACUUGCUAAAAACUGAAUUAAUUUUAAGCAAUACACUUGUAUCUCAGUUUUAUUUGAUUAUGACACUGAUAUUCUGUACCUCCAAUCCUGCUCCUCCAGUAGAUCCCCAUUUUUAUUUCUCUCUGUCCAUCACUGGCCCUUGUCCAUAUGCACACAUAAUUGAACCAUUAUAGAGAAAUGUGUUGCAUUCCUUUCAUUAUUAUCAUCUUAAGCAUCUUCCUCUUUCCCUAAUUCUGUAUACUCUUUAUAAUUACUGUUUGUGAAUGGAAAUACUCUUCUUUAUUCACCUCUUCAGAUUGUGAAUUCUUUUUAGGUAGAAACUAUGUAUCAUAUUUUUUUCCCUCCAGCAUCCAUCCAGGAGGUGAUAGCUCAUUUUUAUCAAAGUACAUUGAUGGGUAUUAGGAAAUUUCUGUUUGUGAGCUAUUGUAAAUAAUAUUGCUGUGAACAAUGUCAUGAGUAUAGUUUUUUCCUCUUCUUUUGAAUUAUUUCCUUGAAAUAAAUUCUCAGGAAUGAUAUUAACCAAAUUCAAGAGUAUAAUCAUUUUAUGUUCUAUAAACAUGUUGCCAUAAUGCCUUUUUAAAAGAUUGUGCCAAUUUACAUACAUCAGAAAUGUAUGAGUACAGCAUUUGAUUUCAGUCUUGUCAAAACUAUUAUUAUAAUUUAAAACUUUUAAAAAACUGAUAUAAAAGGAUAUUUGUUUGCUUUUAUUUAUAUUUCUUUACUGUUCAGUGCGUUGAACAUUUUUGUUAGUUUGCUAAUUUUAAUUUCAUUGUGAAAAUUUUCCUUUUGUGUCAUGUGUCUUUUAAUACACUGAAUUCUUAAUGUUUUACAUAAGAAUUUGAGAUCUUGAAUGCAAUGUAUAAAAACCCAGUGUUAAUCAACCUUCAGAGAAGUGAUACCAACUCAUUUCUACUUUAUGAUACAUUUUAA